AUGAAUAAGAAUCGCCAUAGUUCUAUGCAUAAGAUCUUAGGUCCUCCUUAAAUAGUUAUGUUUGAUGGAGAAGAAUCAAGAUUCCAAAAAAGGAUAUUUAGAGGUUUCAAGUUCUGUAUUAUUAAGAGCAUUCAACUGAUAAAAUUAAAUUUUGUUGGGAAUAGUCUCCAAUUAAUAAGACAAAUGAUUUCAACUUUCAAAAAAUCAAUUAUGUAAAUCAAUAGGAUAUGGAUAUUCAUGUCCGUAAUAGUUAUUAGCUACCAUAAUUACAUAAGCGUAAAAAUCUAUUAAAUAACGAAUGUUUUGUAGUAUCUCCAUAAUUAACUGUUGGUUUAUUAAUCAUAUAUAUAUUUAGAAUCUGAAUAAAAAUUUGGGAAAUAUGCUAAACGAUAUACUUAAGACUCAGACUUAUUUUCACUUAAAAUUCCUAUUGAUAAAUAAUAUUCUCAACACUCAUCAGCAUAUGGACAGUUUCAUUUUUAACCAGAAUAUACACUCACUAAAACUAAACCUGUUCUCAAAUAUCAUACAUCAAAAAGUCAAAUUCUUGGUAACUCAAGACUAUAAUACAUUAAAUUAAGGUAAGAAUAGGUUUGA